AUGCCACCACCACCACUCCACUCAACAACCCCGUCCGCCCUAACAUUCAACCUCAUCGCCCAGUGUACCACCACCCGCGCCCGCGCCGCCGUCCUCUCUCUCCCCCAUGGGCCCGUCAAUCUCCCCAUGUUCAUGCCCGUCGCGACGCAGGCUUCCCUGAAGGGCCUCACGCCUCAUCAGCUGGAAACGACGGGCUGUAGGCUCUGUUUGAAUAAUACUUAUCAUCUGGGUCUUAAACCGGGACAGCAGACGCUCGAUAGGAUUGGAGGGGCGCAUAAGUUGCAGUCGUGGAAGCAUAAUAUUUUGACGGGUAUAUUUCAAAUGGUCUCCCUGAUGAAACUCGCUCAAGUCACUGAAGAAGGCGUCAAGUUCCUGAGUCCACACGAUGGCAGUCCGAUGCUUCUCACACCUGAACAUUCCAUCUCCCUCCAGAACUCGAUCGGCUCGGACAUCAUCAUGCAACUCGACGAUGUCAUCGCCACCACCUCUCCCGACAACGCCCGCAUCGAAGAAGCCACGCACCGCUCCAUCCGCUGGCUCGACCGCUGCAUCGCCGCACACAAGAACCCCCACACCCAAAACCUCUUCUGCAUAAUCCAAGGCGGGCUGGACCUGACCCUCCGGCGCGAAUGCACCCUCGCCAUGGUCUCCCGCGACACCCCGGGCAUCGCCAUCGGCGGCCUCAGCGGCGGCGAAGCCAAGCACGACUUCUGCCGCGUCGUCUCCACCUGCACGGCGCUCCUGCCGCCGCACAAGCCCCGCUACGUCAUGGGCGUGGGCUUCCCCGAGGACAUCCUGGUCUGCAUCGCCCUGGGCGCCGACAUGUUCGACUGCGUGUGGCCGACGCGCACCGCGCGCUUCGGCAACGCCAUCACGGACCGCGGCUGCGUCAACCUCAAGCGGGCGGCGUUCGCGGAGGAUUUCGGACCUAUCGAGCCUGGCUGUCGAUGUGUGUGUUGUCGAUCACCCGAGGAGGGGGACGGGGGCUUGGGAAUCACCCGCGCGUAUAUCCAUCAUCUCGUCGCGAAAGAGACGGUGGGCGCGCACCUUUUGAGCAUGCAUAAUGUGCACUAUCAACUCAAUUUGGUGCGGAGGGCCAGGGAGGCGAUUGUGGAAGGGCGAUUUCCGGCGUUUUUGAAGGGCUAUUUUCACACGUUGUAUGAUGGGGAUCGGGAGAAGUAUCCGAGUUGGGCGGUGGAUGCCCUGGCGGGUGUUGGGGUCAUGUUGAAGGAGGAUUGA